AAGAAUGGCUAUGCUUAAAUUGCCAGACACAAAGAGCACUAUCUGGACAACUUGGCGAUAUGGACAAAAUGGGACCUCCAGGACUUCCAAAGUCAUCACCCAAACCACCAGCUGCUCCUCAAAGCCAGGCUAAACCUUCUGAGUCAUCUCCUCAGCAAAAGGCUUCAGCAAGACCUCCUCAGGCACUGGAAAAAGCAAAAAGAGGCCCAGAACCUCACAAAGAAGAUUUAAAGUUACAUCAGGCCAAAUCAGUCAAGGCAACGUCUGUUGAUAACAUUCGGGAGAGUAUUCAAAAGGAAGAUUCAAAGGCUCAACAAGAAAAAUUGUCUAAAGCAGCAUCAGCUGAUAAAAUCUCCCAAGGUAUUUCAAGAGAAGACCCACAACUCCAAAAGGAAAAAUUGGUGAAGUCACCAUCAGCAGAACAAAUUUCAAAAGAAGUGUCAAAACAGACCACAGUACCAUCUGCUGGUAAGAUCUCAGAAGAUAUUCAAAAGGAAGAACCAAAAGCAACAAUACCUGAUAGCAUGCAUAAAGAAGACCUAAAAUUGACCAAGGUGCUCUCAGCUGAACAAAUUCAAGAAGAAACUCCCAAGCAACAGCAGGUGACACUGGCUAGGAUACCAUCUGCUGAUCAGAUUCGGAAGGAAGAUCUAAAGAUCCAGAGAAUGAAAAUGGUAAAAACACCAUCUGCUGAUCAGAUUCAAAAGGAGGAUCCAAAGAUCCAACAGGUAAAAUUGGCAAAAACACCAUCUGCUGAUCAGAUUCGAAAGGAGGAUCCAAAGAUAAAGCAGGUAAAAUUGGCAAAAGCACCAUCUGCUGAUAAGAUUGUAGAGGAAACCCAAAAGGGUGAUCUAAAACAUCCGGAAGAAAAAUUGUCAAAAAUACCUUCUGAUGGUGAAAUCAAGAGAACUGACUCAAAAUUUCACCAAGCAAAACUGGCAAAAAUACCAUCUGCUGAUCAAAUUAAGAAAGAAGGCUCAAAAUUCCUUCAGGCAAGAAUAGUGAAGACUGCCUCAGCUGAUCAGCUGCCAAAGCAGGAUAGUAAUAUUCAGGACAUAAAAUUAGUAAAGGAAUCUAUGGUUUCAGUUUCUUCCAAGGCAAGUAGUGAUCGGAUGCAAUCUGGAAGAAUUUUAGAGGGUGAUGGCAAGUUUUCUGUUUCACAGGAGUUAGUCCAUGUCUCUGAGACCAAACACAAAUCAGCCGAAGAAAAAUUUACUGAAGAACCACAAGAAACCAAAGUGCUCCCAGAAAGAAAGAAGCAGGAUGAGAUUAAAGAGAAAGAUGUAGUGAUGAGCAUUCCAGAAACCAUUCCCAAAGGUGAAAAAUCACAGAAGGAAGAAAUCUCAGCUCCCCCAGUUCCACUACCAAAGCCUGACCAUGUGGAAAUGCUGAGAGAAAAAGCAGAGAAAGAAGAUGACAAGUCAGACACAUCAAGCUCACAGCAACAAAAAAGUCCACAAGGUCUCAGUGACACGGGAUAUUCAUCUGAUGGGAUUUCAAGUUCACUUGGUGAAAUACCCAGUCUUAUCCAAUAUGAUGAAAAGGAUAUGCUUAAAGAAUCAUGCAAAGAAGAAAGUGUUUUACAGGAAGGCAGUCCAACAAGUCCAUCUGAUCUUGCUAAGUUAGAAAGCACUGUGUUGUCAAUUUUGGAAGCUCAAGGAAGUGCCCUUCUUGAAGAAAAGUCUGAAAAGUCCAAAGAUAUUUGUAUUGUUUAUAAUGAACAGCUAAAAGACUCACAUAAAACAAAACCCCUACCUGUAACACCAGAGUCCUAUAGUUCUGAUGAGGAAGAUCUGGCAAAAUCAAAUAUUCAAGGAAAAGAUGGAGCAGCUGUUGAAGAAGGCAGUAAGCAAGAGGAAGUGUCCCGGAAAGAAAAAGCAAAAUUAGCAGAAGAUGCAUCAGCCCGAAGGCAACGCUAUGACUCUGUGGAAGAUAGCAGUGAGAGUGAGAAUUCACCAGUUCCACGGAGGAAAAGACGAACUAGUGUUGGUUCUUCAAGCAGUGAUGAGUAUAAACCAGAGGACAGUCCAGGCUCAGGUGAGGAUGAAGACUUUAUUCGAAAACAGAUCAUGGAGAUGAGUGCUGAUGAAGAUGCAUCAGGGUCUGAAGAUGAUGAAUUCAUCAGAAACCAGCUGAAGGAGAUCAGUGCCAAUGAAAGUCAAAAGAAAGAUGAAAUGAAGACUAGAAAAGGAAUCUCUGGAAAGCAUAAGAGGAUGACACGCAAAAGCAGCACAGGUUAUGAAGAAGAAACUAGCAGGCGCCAUUCCUGGCAUGAUGAUGAUGAUGAGGCCUUUGAUGAAAGCCCAGAACCAAAAUAUAGGGAAACAAAAAGUCAAGACAGUGAGGAAAUUAGUGUAACUGGAGGUGGAGGUCUUCGUCGUUUCAAAACAAUAGAACUGAACAGUACAAUAGCCAAUAAAUAUUCUGAGGAAACUGAACAAACAAAGAGCAGUCUGUAUUUUGAUGAAGAACCGGAGCUAGAGAUGGAGAGCCUUACAGAUUCACCUGAGGACAGAUCAAGGGGAGAAGGAUCUUCUAGUCUGCACGCCUCCAGUUUCACUCCAGGUACAUCUCCUACGUCUGUAUCGUCCUUGGAUGAAGACAGUGACAGUAGUCCCAGUCAUAAAAAAAUAGGAGGAGAAACUAAGCAGCAACGUAAAGCCAGACACCGGACACAUGGUCCUCUUCUUCCAACGAUAGAGGAUUCUUCUGAAGAAGAGGAACUGAGGGAGGAGGAAGAGCUGCUGAAAGAGCAAGAGAAACAGCGUGAACUGGAGCAGCAGCAACAACAACAGCAGCAGCAGCAACAACAACAGCAACAGCAGCAGCAGCAACGGAAAAGCUCUAGCAAAAAAUCUAAGAAAGACAAAGAUGAGCUGAGAGCCCAGAGGAGGAGAGAACGGCCAAAGACACCACCAAGUAAUCUUUCUCCCAUUGAGGAUGCUUCCCCAACAGAAGAGUUGCGUCAGGCGGCAGAAAUGGAGGAACUGCAUCGGUCUUCCUGUUCUGAAUAUUCCCCAAGUAUUGAAUCAGACCCUGAAGCUUUUGAAAUCAGCCCUGAAAAAAUAAUUGAAGUGCAGAAAGUUUAUAAAUUGCCUACAGCUGUUUCUUUAUAUUCCCCUACAGAAGAGCAGCCUAUUGGAUUUGUCAGGGAAGAGAGUGGUCAGAGGAGUUUAAAAAGUGCUGAAGAAGUAUAUGAAGAAAUCCUGCAGACUUCCCAGAAAGCCAAGCCAUUUCCAGAUGCAAAUGAAAAAGAUGAAGGAUUUGAAAAAGAGCCAUUGUAUGGUGGCAUGCUAAUAGAGGACUACAUUUAUGAAUCUUUAGUAGAGGAUCCUUACAGCGGAACAAUGGAAGCUAGCCUCGCGACAAAACAAGAAGAGUGUGAUGCAUUUAGUGAACAGAAAGACAAAAGAACCAAGAGUCCAGAUCAUAUAUAUGGCGAGCCUAUGCAAAAAUCUGCCAGUGUCGAUUAUUACAGGCCAGAGCCUUUGCAUUCGGUUAUGCCUCAAGAGGACAUUGUGUCUAGCUCUUAUAUCAUGCCAGAAAGUCAUGAGAUAAUAGUGCUGGACAAUGUGGUACCACCUUCAAGUGAAGAAAAGCGACUUUUAGAUGCUGAUGCUGCAUAUGAGGAACUUAUGAAACGAAAAAGAAUGCAGUUAACCCCAGGCUGUAGCCCGACCCAGCCAUCUCCUGAAUCUUUUUCUGCAUCAGCUACAAGGACAAGGACAUCUUCAGUAGUUUCAGAUGUUCCUUCAGUGAGUCCUGCAGUCCUUCCCAUUCCAGAUGUUAAAAUUACUCAGCACUUUACCACUGAAGAAAUAGAGGAUGAAUACCUCACAGAUUAUGCACGGGAAAUCGAAGAAAUAAUUGCCCAUGAAACAUCCAUGUUAACAUAUUCAGAGGCCUCAGAAAGUGCCACAUCCAUUUUACCAUCAGAUACAUCUUCCCUUACUUCAUCUACGUCUUCAGUUUAUACCACUGGUAGUUCUUCACCUGUGGCUGGACCAGAUAGCGUGACAUCAGGUUAUAUAGAAACAGUGGAUGUUAUGAGCAAGUUAUCAGACUCGGAAGGGACCAGUUCAAUGGCUCAGGUUCCGAUAAGUUCCACAAAAGAGGAUGCUGAAUCCGUUGUGUUACUCUCAAAGGAAGCACUCGUAGGUGAAGAUAUAACUCAUAUGAAUCAGGUUGUAAUUUCACUGCCUAAAAUAGACUCUUCUGUAUCAAAAUUUAUGGAAACAGGGACCAAACCCUUUGCUUCUGUUUCUGCUGCCUUGGAAUCUUUCCCACCAGAAGAUGACAAACCUAGAAAAGAUACGGCAAAGAUUGAUGUUGUGAAGGAAGUUUAUGAAAAUGAACAGGCAAGAGUUCCUAUUAGCAUAACAAGAAAAGAUCUAACAGAUGUUAUAUCUGACCAGAAAUUUACACAUACGACUCCAGUUUCAGAGAUAGCACCAGUAUUAUCCUAUGUUACUUCUACUGUGUCUGUGUUGCCAUCUGUAGCUUCUUCAGUUCCCACAGUUACAUCCAAAACAUACUCAUUUUUCAGAAGUUCUUCUUUGGACUCUUCUGCUCAGCCAUCUCCCCCACCACCUCACACUCAGCCAUUUCUACCAUCACUUCCUGCUCAACCAUCCAUACCACCACCACCUCCACCACCACCUCCACCACCUCCACCACCUCCACCACCCCCUAUUCUGCCUAAGCCAGCUAUCUAUCCUAAAAAGAAGGCAUCAACCAUGGACCCAAUGACAACAGCUCCCACCCUGGUACCAUGUGUCAGUAGUGUCAAAACCAUAGAUACAACAUCUGCUGUAAAAGCUAGUGGACUGCCUGCCACAAAAAUAUAUACAUCAGCACCUCCACCUGUCCCCCCCAAACCAGCUACAAUUCCAGCUGGUCUUGUGUUUACGCACAGACCUGCUGAAAUAAUAAAGCCUCCUAUUGCUCCCAAACCUACCAUCCCUCCAUUACCAACAACUGCCCAUAAACCAACAGAAAUACAGACAAAACCAUCGGGUUUGUCUUUAACCAGUGGUAUGACUUUGAACUUGGCUUCCCCUGCUGAGUUCAAGCUGACAUCCCCUACAUCCCCCUUGUCUCCACAUUCAAAUAAAUCUUCCCCAAGAUUGUCAAAACCCUCUCAGGAAACCUAUGUUGUAAUCACUUUACCCUCUGAGCCUGGAACUCCAACAGAGUCUAUUACCAGCCAGGCAAUGACCCGUUGGCCUUCAGAAUCACCUCACAAGGAACAGGCUCCACAGACUGUGCAACCAUUAUUCACUCCACAUAUGAGUGCUCUGCAAAUGCAAAUGCAGGGUACAACUGAACAAAGUAAGUCUAUUGCAAGUGCUUUGCAGACAAUUUCUUCUAUUCCUAUCGCAGCACGUUCAAUUUUUGAGAUUGUCCCUAGUUCUGCAACAGAGUUAAUAACAGCAGAGGUUGCUAGAACUACAGUAUCUUUGGUCAAAAAUGCUGGUUUAGGUAGUGUUUCCAUAACUAUACCCCCAGAGCCAGCUCACAUAAUAGAACAACCCAGGUACCGAGAGAAUGGAAGAUUCCAUGUGUUUGGAGAUGUUAUUGAUCUUCGCACCUUGACUAAAAUGGAUAUUCAAAAGACAGACAGUUGUAUGGACCUAUCUGCUGUGCCCACAGAUGUGAAAAGGCAGACUAUGGCAAGUGACACCUCAGGGCGACCAGUAAGCACCGUUCAACCAGCUAUUAUAAAUCUUAGCACUGCAUCGACAGCCGAUCUCAAUUUAGCUCCUAUCACUGAAACUAUUACAAUUGCAAGUUGCACAGCAACCGUAAGUUAUAGUACAAGUACGGAAAGUCUUGUGGAUCUAGGGCAUGCAAUGACAACUCCACUCCAGCUAACAACCUCAAAACAUUUUGAGCCUGGAUCUAGAGUAACUGGUAGCCAGGCACUCUCUGCGGGGAGAGAUGAAGUGCCAAUAAAUCUGUCUCUUGGUACUGCAGCUCAUGCCAUGACAUGGGCUACAACAAAGCCCAUUACUACACCUCCUGUGAGUGUAACCAAUGGUUGGACUGAUGUUUCCACUUCUCAUGAACCAAUGGAAAGUGGUGUUGUUGAUCUCAGCACGACGAAGUCCCACAGAACUGUGGUGACAAUGGAUGAAACUAGUUCAGGAGUUGUUACCACUGUAAUAGAAGAUGAUGAAAAACCUGUAGAUCUAACUGCAGGGAGAAGGGCAGUUUGUUGUGAUGUGAUUUACAAGUUACCCUUUGGCAGGAGCUGCACAGCUCAAGCACCUGCAACAACAUUACCUGAGGAUCGUUUUGGUUAUAGAGAUGAUCACUAUCAGUAUGACCGUUCCGGAUCCUUCAGUUAUAGAGGAAUUGGAGGUAUGAAACCUUCAAUGUCAGAUACCAAUUUAUCAGAAGCUGGACUUUUUUUGUACAAAAGCAAGAAUACUUUUGAGUACCAAGUUGGGUCAACUGAUGUAGCCGUAGACUUAACCUCUGGCAGAGUAACAACAGGUGAAAUCAUGGAUUACUCAAGCAAGAUUACUGGCCCUUACCCAGAGACUCGGCAAGUGAUUUCUGGCAUUGGGAUAAGUGCACCCCAGUAUUCCCAAGCAAGAAUAGUGUCAUCCCUUGGAUCCCCAUACGGCAUUGGGAGUGUUUUGAGAUCAUCCAAUGGGGUUGUUUAUUCAUCAGUUGCAACUCCAGUCCCAUCUACUUUUGCUAUCACUACACAGCCUGGUUCUAUUUUCAGUACAUCCGUUAGAGACUUGCCUGCUCUUCAUACUGUUGACACAAUGCCCUCAUUAUCCAACUUGCAGCAGAGCCAGGCACUUCCGAGAUCAUACAAUUUCUUGACAACAGUCAGCUCUGAAAAAGAGGGUGCAAUUACUGGCAUUGACAUUGACCCAGGGUUGCAGCCUCUCCCUUUAGAAGCUAUUACCACAGAACCGACCAACUUGAUGCCUAUUUUCACUACAGCCUCUGAGGCUUUUGUGGAGGCAAUGGAGGAUGAAGCUGCACUCCUUAUUGCCCCUGAAGAAGGUAAACAUCAGCAUCUUGACUUAGAACGUGAGCUUCUAGAGCUUGAAAAACUGAAGCAACAACGCUUUGCAGAGGAGCUGGAGUGGGAACGUCAAGAAAUACAAAGGUUCAGAGAACAAGAGCAGUUCAUGGUUCAGAAAAAGCUUGAGGAACUUCAUUCUAUGAAGCACCACCUUCUGUAUCAGCAGGAAGAAGAGAGGCAGGCUCAGUUCAUGAUGAGACAGGAAACACUUGCUCAGCAGCAACUGCAUAUUGAACAAAUACAGCAGCUUCAACAACAGCUUCAUCAGCAUUUGGAAGAGCAAAAAAUCAACCAGAUCUACCAGUAUAACUAUGACCCAUCUGGAACAGUUUCCCCACAAACCACCACAGAUCAAGUCAUUCUUGAAGGACAAUAUGCUGCUGCCAGCAGCCAGUUCUGGACUGGUGAUGAAACCACCACCACUGCUUCAGCUGUCUUGGGAAUGGAAAUCCCACAAAGCCAUGCCUGGUACACUGUUCAAUCCGAUGGUGUCACUCAUUACAUUCCCAGGGCUGGCAUGUUAAGUUCUGUUUCGGAGAUGUCUCUUAAAGAUGUUGAUGUGAGAGAGGAAAAACAGCUGAAAAAGAGGAGCUCCAUGCCAAAGCUGCGUGGCCCAUAUGAGGAACUUGAUGAAGCCAUGGAAGAAGAGCCCAAGUGUCUUAAAAAGAUAGUGGAGAGUGGGGUUCAAACAGAUGAUGAAGAUAGUACUGAUAUGGGCUAUGCAGAUAGGAGGCAAAGGGCGAAAAAGGGUGUUGAUACAAGUGUUCAAACAGAUGAUGAGGACCAGGAUGAAUGGGAUCCUACCAACAGGUCAAGAAGGAAGACUCGUGUGGGGAAAUACGAAGACACCACUGAGGUGGACAAAACAAAGCCAUUUUCCAAAGUUUCCAGUAUUGCAGUGCAAACAGUGGCAGAGAUUUCUGUACAAACAGAGCCUGUAGGGACCAUAAGGACCCCAUCAGUAAGAGCCCAGUUAGAUUCAAAGGUAGAAAUAAUAAAACACAUCUCAGCUCCAGAAAAGACGUACAAAGGAGGAAGUUUGGGAUGCCAGACAGAAACAGAUUCAGAUGUUCAGAGCCCCCCGUAUCACACUGCCACCUCCCCUCAGAAAGAUAAAAAGCGUCCAACACCAUUAGAAAUAGGUUAUUCAUCCCACCUUCGACCAGAACCAACACUCCAGGUAGCCCCUUCCCCUCCCAAAUCCCCCAAAGUGCUCUAUUCUCCCAUUUCACCUGUUUCUCCAGCUGCAGUUAUAGAGUCAGCCUUUGUACCUUAUGAAAAGCCUGUUGCUGAAGACAUUAGUCCUCAGAAGAUUCUGCACACUGAUGUUACCAAAAUUCCGCAGCUGAGCCCAAAAUCUGCCAAGGUGAUGCAGCGUUCUUUGUCUGAUCCUAAGCCUCUGAGCCCAACCGCUGAAGACCCUUCUAGAGCUCAUUUCCAGUAUGCUGAUGGUUUCUUGCAAGCUAAAGGACCACCAAGUGCAGUGCCAUCAGGAAUGCAAAAGAAGGUCAAGAGGACUCUUCCCAACCCACCUCCAGAAGACGUGGCAAUGGGAACAUCAUCCACUUUCACAACUGUGGGGUCAGCUUCACGCCGAAGAAUCUGCCGAAGCAAUACUAUGGCCAGAGCUAAAAUCCUCCAGGAUAUAGAUAGGGAACUGGAUCUGGUGGAAAGAGAGUCUGCCAAGCUACGGAAGAAGCAAGCAGAGCUAGAUGAAGAAGAGAAAGAAAUAGAUGCAAAGCUUCGAUAUCUAGAAAUGGGCAUUAAUAGACGAAAAGAGGCACUGUUAAAAGAGAGAGAGAAAAGGGAGCGUGCCUACCUUCAGGGUGUAGCAGAGGAACGUGAUUAUAUGUCUGACAGUGAAGUGAGCAGCACCAGGCCCACCAGGAUAGAAUCUCAACAUGCCUUGGAAAGACCACGGACUGCACCCCAAACAGAAUUUGACCAAUUUAUACCCCCACAGACUGAACCAGAAACUCAGUUUGCAACUCCUACGAGUCCUUACACUCAGUAUCAAUAUUCUUCCCCUGCUGUCCCUACUCAGGCACCAACUCAGUACAGCCAGCAAUCUCAUUAUCAGCAGCAGCAGCAGCAGCAGCCUCUAUAUCAACAGCAGGUUUCUCCUUAUCAAACCCAAUCUGCAUUCCAGACCGUGGCAACCAUGUCCUUCACACCCCAAGCUCAACCACCACCGGCCCCACAGCCUUCCUACCCACUUUCAUCACAGUUGAUGGUGAUCCCACAAAAAACAAGGCAAACUUCCCUAUACCUGGAACCCAAGAUUACAUCCAACUAUGAUGUGAUUCGCAAUCAGCCUCUUAUGAUAGCACCGGCAUCAUCUGAUAACACAUACACCAUGUCCCAUCUGGGUAGUAAAUACAGCACCUUGGACUUGAGGUUGGGCCUGGAUGAGAGGAGCAGCAUGGCUAGUAGUCCCAUUUCUAGCAUAUCUGGUGAUUCAUUCUACGCAGACAUUGACCACCAUACAUCACGUAACUAUGUGCUGCUUGAUGAUAUUGGGGAUCUUACUAAAGGAACAUCUGCUCUCAGUUCUGCUUAUGGCUUGCAUGAGAAGGAUCUCAGUAAAACAGACAGGCUUCUUCGAACUACUGAGGCCCGGAGGGUGCAAGAAGUCUCAGAGUUUCUUGCACCAUUGCAAACUUCUUCUCGACUGCACAGCUACAUGAAAGCUGAUGAAGACCCAAUGGAAGAUCCUUAUGAACUGAAGCUUCUAAAGCAUCAGAUCAAGCAGGAGUUCCGAAGGGGCACUGAAAGUCUGGACCACCUGGCAGGUCUUUCACAGUAUUACCACUCAGAUACUAGUUACAGACAUUUCCCCAAAUCUGAGAAAUACAGCAUAAGCAGGCUUACACUAGAGAAACAAGCUGCCAAACAGCUUCCAGCUGCCCUGCUUUAUCAGAAGCAAUCAAAACAUAAGAAGGCCUUGAUAGAUCCCAAAUUGUCAAAAUUUUCACCCAUCCAGGAAAGCAGGGACCUUGAGCUUGAUUACUCAAACUACUUGACUUCUAGCACAUCAUCACUUGGAGGCAUCACCUCUAGAGCAAGGCUGCUCCAGGAUGAUAUAACAUUUGGCCUCCGAAAAAAUAUCACGGAACAACAGAAGUAUAUGGGGCCCACGCUAACACAUUCCCUUGGUACAAGUCUGGGGGCUGCGCUGAGUACAACAAUGCGGUCCACAUUUCAGGAUGAUGCUGACAAACCCUACAGCAGUGGCAGUAGGUCUAGGCCUUCCUCCAGGCCAUCAUCUGUCUAUGGGCUUGACUUGUCACUAAAAAGAGAUUCUUCAAGCUCUUCGUUAAGACUAAAAGCCCAAGAGGCAGAACCACUAGAUGUUUCCUUCAGCCAUGCAGCCCCCUCUGGAAGAACUAAACCCACUAGUCUGCCUAUCAGUCAGAGUAGGGGACGGAUCCCAAUUGUAGCCCAGAACUCAGAGGAAGAGAGCCCUCUGAGUCCCGUGGGCCAGCCAAUGGGGAUGGCAAGAGCAGCAGCUGGGCCGUUACCUCCUAUAUCUGCAGACACAAGGGACCAGUUUGGAUCAAGCCAUUCACUGCCUGAAGUCCAACAGCAUAUGAGGGAAGAAUCAAGAGCUCGAGGCUAUGACCGGGAUAUAGCCUUCAUCAUGGAUGACUUUCAGCAUGCCAUGUCAGAUAGCGAAGCCUACCACCUGCGCCGUGAAGAAACAGAUUGGUUCGACAAGCCUCGGGAGUCUCGUUUGGAAAAUGGGCAUGGUUUUGACAGAAGACUGCCAGACAAGCUAGCACACUCAAGACCACCAAGCCAGCAUCAAGACCAAAUUAACGGGAAGCCAAUCCAAUACAUCUUUCCCCAUACAAGGCUGAAACUACCAAGGGACCCAAAGGAUCACUCAGUUUCAGGCAAUGGACUUGGCAUCCGAGUUGUUGGCGGGAAAGAGAUUCCUUGGGCCAAUGGAGAAAUUGGUGCAUACAUUGCUAAGAUCCUACCUGGUGGGAGUGCUGAGCAAACAGGAAAACUUGUGGAAGGUAUGCAGGUGCUGGAAUGGAAUGGCGUUCCCUUGACUGGUAAAACUUACGAAGAAGUUCAGAGUAUCAUCAUGAGUCAACAGAGUGGGGAAGCAGAAAUAUGUGUAAGACUGGAUCUCAACAUGUUGUCGGAUGGCGAAAAUCCACAACAUCUGGAGUUACUUGAGCCAGGAAAGCCUGUAGAGAAAACAAAGUCCCCAGGGGUGGAUCCUAAGCAAUUGGCGGCAGAACUGCAAAAGGUUUCUCUGCAGCAGACGCCACAGGGUGCCUCUUCAGGGGUGGAAAAGGGCUCCCAUGCUCAUUCUGGCACGACAUCGGCUACCUCUAGUUCUGUUCCUAGCCCAGGACAGCCUGGUUCGCCUUCAGUCAGCAAGAAACGGCACAGUAGCAAGCCUGCUGAAGGGAUAAAAUCUGGUUCCCAUCCAAUAACUGGAGAAAUUCAGCUUCAAAUCAACUAUGACAAGCACCUUGGUAAUUUGAUCAUUCACAUUCUUCAAGCAAGAAACCUUGCUCCCCGUGACAACAAUGGCUAUUCUGAUCCUUUUGUCAAAGUCUAUCUUCUACCAGGGAGAGGACAAGUCAUGGUUGUCCAGAAUGCAAGUGUUGAGAACAAGAGGAGAACAAAAUAUGCACAGAAGAGUUUGAAUCCUGAAUGGAACCAGACGGUCAUUUAUAAAAAUAUUUCUAUGGAGCAGCUCAAGAAGAAAACCCUGGAAGUCACUGUCUGGGACUAUGAUAGAUUCUCCUCCAAUGACUUUCUUGGUGAGGUGUUAAUUGAGCUGUCUAGUCCUUCUCAGCUGGACAAUACUCCUCGAUGGUAUGCUCUGAAGGAACAGAGUGAAAGCAUUGACCACGGGAAGCCUCAUUCUGGACAGAGCAGCCAGCAGUCCCCCAAGCCAUCUGUCAUCAAGAGCAGAAGUCAUGGGAUUUUCCCUGAUCCAUCAAAAGACAUGCAGGUGCCUACCAUUGAGAAGUCCCACAGCAGCCCAGGAAGCUCCAAAUCUUCCUCUGAAGGACACCUGCGUUCCCAUGGACCAUCCCGCAGCCAAAGCAAAACCAGUGUCACUCAAACUCACCUUGAAGACGCUGGGGCAGCUAUCGCUGCUGCUGAAGCAGCUGUUCAACAGCUCCGCCUUCAACCAACCAGUGACAACAAAGAUCAAAGUCAACUAGCCCUCAGAAAAGUGAUGUCCGAUGGACCAGUCAAGCCUGAAGGAGCAAGGCCUUCCAGCCAUCGACCGGGAGAUAGUUCACUCUCCUCCACCGGUUCAUCAGCCAGUACCUUUGGCAGUGGAUACAGCAUGGACAGCGAAGGAAGUAGCAGCAGCACCACCACCACAACAGGGGACAACAAUCUGUUCUCCAUUCCAAGAAUAGGAAAGAUGAGCCAGAACGGACAAGAACCAGUGAAGCAGUCAGGAGUGGGAUUAACAGAGGCUGAAGGUAAAACCCAAGUGAUGGGUGAAAUCAAGAUUGCUUUAAAGAAGGAAAUGAAGACUGAUGGGGAACAACUGAUAGUAGAGAUUCUACAAUGCAGAAAUAUCACCUACAAGUUUAAAUCACCAGAUCAUUUACCAGAUCUCUAUGUAAAGCUGUAUGUUGUCAACCUUGCAACUCAGAAGAGAGUAAUCAAGAAGAAAACAAGAGUAUGCAGACAUGACAGAGAGCCUUCAUUCAAUGAAACGUUUAGAUUCAGUUUGAGUCCCACUGGACAUUCCCUCCAGAUUCUUCUAGUUUCCAAUGGAGGAAAGUUUAUGAAGAAGACCUUGAUUGGUGAGGCAUACAUCUGGCUUGACAAAGUGGACCUCAGGAAAAGAAUAGUAAACUGGCACAAACUUUUGGUCAGCUCAACACAAACACACUGAAGCAAAGAUGUUGUCUUUUGGCACUGAGCCUUUUCAAGAGUCUGCUUGUGUGACUCCGUGACUCUACUUUGAUAUUGUGUUUAGCUAGGCUUUCAGAAUAUGAAGUAGAAAAAAAAAUCUGGGCUACUUAGCACACUUUCAUGAGGGCUAGUCAACUCGUUUUGCUGUAUUUAAAAAAAAAAACAGCAGCAAAGAAAAAACACAGUCACCACCCUAGGCCCAGAGAAUAAAAUGAGUGCUUGAAACAGAAGAAUAACUUGAAAACUGUGUGAUGUUAGGGUCUUUGUAGCUCCAAAGCAAAAGAAUAGUACCCAUACACUCGAAGGCAGAUGUUGAGAUGAGGAAUUUUGUUGUGACUAGGGUUAGAGUCUCAAAGAAAGUUAAUCUGGUUCUUGGUGCAAUCAGAAAGGAGAACAUGUUAUGCAAAAGCACCUAAGUUGACUGCCUUUCUAGUUCUCACUUGUCAGAAUGCUUGUGUUCUUCUGCACCUCAGAAUAUCUGACUGUUUGGUAUAGUGAGAGGGUGCCCGAGGAGACAAAUGGCAGGAUUUUUUAUUUUUUAUUUUAAACGGUGGCAGUGUUUCUAUUUUGUAUUAUUUUUCCUUUAUGGGUUGUAUGCUUUGGCAUAUACAUUCAGGAUGAUAAUCUCUCUGUUUCUUCAUGUUACUGAUGCAAAAUGAGAAUUUUGGAAAAGUUAAAGAGUGCAGAAAGCGUUAAGAAUAAUUGUCAUUUUGGAAAGGGUAAAAGCAUUGGGGGCGGGGCUGUACAGCCCCAUAUCAUGAAAAUGGCAAUGGUUGUGUGGAAGAAAUUGCAGUUCAGCCUACUCUUUUAGAGUCAGUUGUUUACAAAAACUGAGUCGAUUCAAAGGGCUUUGAAGCACUGGGAUGAAUACUUCUGCCUCAUCUGUCUUGCCCUUGUGAACUUCAAAUUGUCUAGCAUGAAGUACUUCAUACAUCAGCUCCACGUGCUCAUGCCUCUCUGCUCAUUUAGGGGGUUGUAGGUGAAUAAAAACACUUGGCAUCCAGAAGGCAUAUCACACAAUUUGUGCGACUAGAUUUUGUGUAUGCGUUCGCAAAUGGAGAUGAAGCAUUGAAAGAAGGCCUUCAGCAACGCUGUACUGUAAUGUCAAAUCCUGUUUAUAAAAUGAAGGAUCUGUUCCUAGUGAUUUCUAGCCCUGCAGGAUUCAUUCUUAUGCACUAGGGGCAUUAAAAAUAAAGCUAAGAUUAUGGCUUCUCAAAUGGACUUCCUAAACAACAAUUGAGCUCCCUUGUUAUAAUAAUUGGCUUUAUACUGUUGUAAUGGAAAAUGGGCAACUAAAUGGUUUAACGAUAUGGAAUGACUCAGCUUUCAAUACUGACAAGUACUGGCAGAAAAUAACCAAUGAGAAGAACAUACAGUUUGAUUUCAAACAAAGCGGUGCUCAUGUAUGUAACUUUUUUUCAUAAGACUGUCAAAGAAACUUCUGAAAAUACAUACAAAAACAAUCAAGCUAAGCAUGAAGCUGGAUUCACUGUGAACAACUUCUCAUGGUUAUUUUAAAUAAUGAACCCCCUUGUCAGGAGAGAAAUGCCUCAAGUCUAGAAAAUACAUACUAAAUGGAAGGGACUGAAAAUAAAAGUUAUGCAUAAUCUCUUCAGCCAAUGUGUGGCAUGAGGUACAGGCUCCCUGAUUGAAUUCUACAUUUUAAUACAGUGCAUAUUUCCUUUUAGUCAAUCAUGUUAUGACUGGAAGAAGCUACAGCACAUGAAUGCAUGAUUAACAGAUGUUCGAAUUCUCUUCCCGGAAACAAGGUCAAUCACAUUCCAAUUCUCUGGGGCAAUUAUAUGGCUCGCUCUUUGAACUGCUGCAUCAUGUAGAAAUUGUCUGCUACUUCCCAUCACACUCUUCUUUUCAAGUCAAAGAAACAGUAUAUUUCAUAAGGGCUGGUUCUCUGUUUCCUAAAAUAGCCAGUUUCAAAUUCAAUUGCUAAGCAAAGUUUCCAGGGAUUGGGUUCAAAAUGGCAAGACAUGCAGUUUUGUGCAAAUGUUUUGCAGUUUUGUUCUUGCUAAGGUUUAUAAAGAGGCCGGUGAAUCUUACAAUGGUUGCCGUAGAGAUUUCAGGCUGCCGUGGGCACCAAGAGGAAGGCUUAUCCUACUAGUAAGCCUAUAAUUGUCACUCUUAAUUGAAAAAUCUAGCCUGCUUUUGCAACAUACUGUUAUAUGGAUUGCGUGAGGGAUUCAGGAACAAGAAACUGCUAGAUUUUGUUUUAUUUGGCUAAUAUCUAUGUAAUUUUUUAGUGUUGCUUUCGUGGCUUCCUGAAUUCGCCACCUCCAUCAGCCACCAGUCCUUGAUUCCAGGGCCAUGUGUAAUGUUCUAAGUCUUUGGAUUCUGCUCACUAUGAUACAAAUGUUCAGAUGAAUGUGUUUGUGAGAAUGUGAGCUUAUUAAGAAAGAUGGCUUUUUUUUCCUAUGAGCAGUGGCUUGUCCAACCCCAGGAUGGUUUGAAUCACCAUUCCUUUCAUGUGUCUCAUGUAUCACAAAGACCAAGUGAACACGUAACACAUCCACUAAAUUAAGUUUCCAUCAGUGCUGAGACUAAAAGAUGCCUCCAAAGCGUGCCAUGUUUCUUUUCACCCAAUGUCUGGGCUGUACUGGAAUCAUUCUAUGCAAUGAGGAAUCACCUUUAAAUACCGUUUUCUUUUAAUUAACAAAGGCAACAAAACCCUUCUUGUGGCAAUUAUUUUUUUAAAGGGAAAAAAAGGGACUUUGGGUAUUUAAGAAAAUGUACAGAUAUUUCUGCAUAUUUAUUUUUCUCCUUGAUGCUUUGAAUUCUGUUUGUUUCUUCUGUCAAACAGAAGUGCUUUAAUGUGGCAAGACCUUCACAUGGAGUGAGUGAAAGUUAUCUAAGUGUGCAUAUCCUUGAAAAAUAUAGAUUGUUGAUGGCACAAUGCGCUUUAUUUUACAUAUAUAUGUGUACACAGAGAGACAUAUAUAUAUAUAUAUAUUGUCUGCUGAGCUGGAGAUAAAAGCUGUGUUGAAUAAACAGCCACGCACAGGGAGAGAAGCUUGAAAUAUGAGCUAAAAGCACAGAAUGUGUGUGUAUUGACAAAUGACUAGUCAUUUCUUUAAAGAGGUUGCUUGUUUUUCCUUCAUUUUCUUUACUGAGCAGCAGCCAGCUCAUGCUUUAUUUUCCAGACAAGGCCUGUGAGUUCCUAUGAUGAAUGUUGAACUUUUGUUGUCGUCACAAUCCUUUAAAGGGAUAGUAUCCAGGAGCAAUAUAGAUGCUUUAUAUUCAUUUUUGAGAUCUGACUUCCCACCCCUCAAAUUUAUAUCACUCUUGUUCAAUGGAUUUCUGAAGAUCUCGGGUACCUCACUGCAAGCACAUGGAAAAGAUUUCUCUUCAGUUUACAUCAGGAGCUUUCAUUGUCAGUUAAGUUCCUUUUUUUAGAUGCCUAGUUUUUGAAAUAGCUUGUUCAGGGCAGUGGGGUGGGGAGGGUGAGUAUUGUAGCUGGUAACCAGCUGAUAUUCCUUCUUUCUAUGAGGAUGAAGAAGUAAAAUGUAAACAUCUCUUAU